AUGACUUCCGAGAGUUCAACGAUGUGUAAUGAAGGGAUCGGUUUUGUGAGCUUCGGUGAGGUGGAAGAAUUGAAGGAUGAAGGGUGUGUUAGGGAAGAAUGGAAGAUGAAAAUGAAGAAUGUGGUGUCUACGGCGGUGGUAUGUGGUGGGAGGAGGAGGUCGAGGGUCACCGGAUUGGAAUUGCCGCCGCCUAUUUCUUCAAUAGGGAGGAGUGGGAAGCCGUGGGUGUGGCUGGAAGCUUUCCGGCAAGAUGGUAGGUUCAUUUUGAAGGAGGUUGUGAUUCCGGGACAGGAAUUCUUGUAUGUUUGUAGAGAAGAUGGAAGGUUGAAGCUCAAGAUUGUCCAAUGUCAUGAUUUAAAGAGAGAUGAAGAAUAUAGAGAUUGA